AUGGGCUCUCCGAGCGAGUCCGCGUCCGUGUCCGCGCUCGCGCUCGCCAUGCCACCCACUCCCGACGGCGGCGCGUCCGUCCACAUCACCAAGCGCGAUGCGCGCACAUGCACCCACUGUCGCAAGGGCAGAGCGAGCGCGAGUACCCUUGUCGCCGAUGCCAACGUCGAGUCAGUGCUCCCAUCCACUCGUGUCGCGCCAAGCAGUGCGGCACCGCACCUUGCGCCCCUCAUGCUCAAACCACCAUCUCCCCUCCCCCAAAGACGCCUCUCCCACCUCGAGGGACAGUACCUCGUCAUGCAGAGCCAGAUGAUCGGCAUGCAAUCCUCCCUCGACCGCAUCCUGUCGGCCAUUGAAAACCAGGCGCUCGUCCAGGGUGGUCCUGCUUACCCCCCGCCGGGCGCGCAACAACGUCGAGAUCCGCACACGUACGCGACAUAUGGAAUCAUGCCUAGCACCGCGCCAUCUUCGGAUGACGAGUCGGAAGACACACUUUCCCCCUCAACGCUCACUGCACCUAUCGAGGCUCUGCAGGAUCUCGCAAAGGCUGCUGCAAAGGCUGCUGUCGUCCCGUCUACUCAGCCUCCCUGGGUGAAGAAGCGCAAGCGCGCCGACCCAACCUCGCGCAAUGCCUUCCCCUACGUCGUCGGAAGAACGCUCGCCGUCCAGGCCGACCAGAUCUAUCUCCCGACUGCAUGA